AUUUUAAGUUUGACAAAGAAAGAUUUUUUUGAAAAUAUGACCAAAGACCAUAAAAGUGCCCAUAGUCUAAGAAUCACCCUUAACCAGUUUGUUUGUGUGCAUACUUACAGUAAUUGUUCAAGUUUUUGUGUAAAAACAUCAGAGUUCUCAUUCAACAGUUGUUUAUUACACACUGGGCAUUUUCCAAACGGAAAAUUUCAAAGGGCAGAGUCCUUGAAGUGAACAUUUUGAAGGGUGUAGGGAAUUUAUGGUCUCUGCAUUUGGAUCUCCCUUGGUGAAGUGACUUAGUGCAUUUGCAUGCACAGUCUGCGCCGAUUAUGCUUAAUAACUGAUAAUGCGUGGGGUCAUCUUAGAAGCGGUUUUCUUUUAUUGGAAAAUUUCUUGUCAAAUGUUUUUUGUCUUAUUUCAAACUGAUUUGUUUCAAUGUGCUUGGUGUUUAAAGAUAAAGCAUGUUGAUAAAAACAUUAGCUACUAAUAAACACUUUCCUACAACCUAUACUAGCCUUUACUACAUUUUAACCUCAUAUCAACAUUAAAAUAAAGACAACCGUAAUAAAUGAAUAAAACGUACUUCCUUAAAGUGACCAUGGCGAUUACUUCACUAAUGGACUUCUGGAAGGGGCUUUCGCGAAGGGAUUCAGAUGUUCACUUUUGUUUGGAAGGCCCCUACAAAUGGGAUCCCUUUCAUGAAGGCCCCUUAGGGUGCAUAAAUGGUGUUUAGAAAAUGCCCACUGUGUUCUUACUGCAAUGAUUAUUGGUCAGCAGACAAAAACAUGAUGUUUUAAAUGAUUCCAUUAUUGCUCUUCAUGUUUAUCUUAAUUUGGAUUAAUAAGAAAUGGGGAACUGGAGCUCCAAGCCCGAUGUUAAAACUCAAGAACUUGAAACUCCAUGGAGGACAGUGACUUGGGGGAAAGCAAAGAAAGACUCUUUAAUAGAGGAUAUGAGGAAGAUCCAACCGUGCACAAAAAAUCUGAAAUGCUUGAGGAUGAUUGUGGUUGGCCCAGCUGGUUCAGGAAAAUCAAGUUUUAUAAACUCUGUUAAUAAUGCCUUCCAAGGACGGAUAACUAGCAAUGCAUUGAGUGAUGCCAUUGAAAGUGGUAAAAGUUUCACCAAAAAAUAUUGUGAAUUUGAAAUUAAAACGGGAAAUUUAAAAUUGUCUACUUUCUUCAAUGAUAUGAUGGGCCUGGAAAUAGAAAGUAACAAAGGAUGCCAUCCAGAGGACAUUUUCAAAGCCAUAAAUGGGUUCAUGAAAAAUGGACAUAUGUUUAAUCCAGAAAAGCCAAUAUCUCCAGAAGAUCCGGACUAUAAUAAAAACCCAGAUCUCUCUGAUGAGACCUACGGCAUGGUUUAUGUUUUAGCUGCUGAAAGAAUUAAGUUGGCAGAGGAUGCAAUUUUGAAAUUAAGAAACAUUCGUGAGAAAGUUAGUAUGACUUGGGGGUUGCCUCAGAUCAUUGUCAUAACAAAUGUGGAUCAAGCAUGUCCUUUGGUACAAAAAAAUGUACAGAAGAUAUACCUCAGCAAGAAAAUCAGAGAGAAGAUGGAAUGGUGCAGUGGUUCACUGGGUGUUCCAAUGUGUCACGUCUUUCCAGUGAAGAACUACCAUGAAGAAAUUGAAACCAAUGAUGACAUGGAUGUUCUGAUUUUACAGGCAUUCAAACAAAUUAUGGAGCUUGCCAAUGAUCACUUAGAAAUUCGUAUAAAAAACAAAGACAACCAGAAUGUGAAAGAGAAACAGCCAAAAUCUAAGUGAGAAAUUGUUUGUCAUUGUUAAAUGAUGAUUUAAACAAUCUAUUUGGCAUGGUGAUUAUUUGUAUGACCUAAUGUCUUAAAACACCACUUAUUUUAAAACAUGCCGUUAAUUAAUAUGCAUAAUAAAUUACCAUAUAUUAUUUUAAAUCAGGGAAAGUUAAUUUGGUAACACUUUACAAAAAGGUUGUAUUUGUUAACAUUAGUAAAUGCAUUAGUUAACAUUAACUAAACGAACAAUACUUCAUUUAUUAAUCGUAGUUCAUGUUAUUUUUCAGCCUAAUAGAUUAUUCAAAUAAAACUGCUAAGAUUAAUUAAUGCACCAUGAACAAAUGUGAAUAACUGUAUUGGCAUUAACUAACAUUAACAAAGAUUAAUAAAUGCUGAUUACUAUAUUGAUCAUUGUUAAUUCAUAUUAUCUAAGGCUAAAAUUAACAAAUUCAACCUUAUUGUAAAAUGUUACUGGUAAUUUUACACACUUAUAGAAUAACUAUAUGUAACCAGUGUAUACCAUAAUUUAGUGUUAAGGGUAAAAUCUAAUGGAGAAAUGUUUUCUUUUUUGACUGUCCACCAAAUGUACUGCUUUUAUCCCCAAUUUUUAAAUGCAAUAACAAUAAA